UUUCUGUUACUUUCGGUAAAUGCGAUGGAGUCACUUCCAGGCGGGGCUUCAGCGAUGAUUCAAGGCAAAGUAAGCCGUGAGAAGAGCGGCGGUGGGCAGGCAGACCUCUGCUAGUUUUCGGGGAGAACAUGCUGUCUCUGUGCCUGGUCUUAAGCCUUUUCACUUCCAGCUCAGGACUGCUGUCUCACGUGCAGCAGUAUGAAGUUGUUCAUCCUCAGAGACGCCAGGAGAGACGGACCAGGAGCCUUCAGCACAACCAGCUUUAUCCCGACACAGUUCAGUAUGACUUGAUCAUUGAAGGAAGAAACCACACCGUUCAUCUGGAAAAGAACCGGAAUCUCUUGGGUGAGAGCUACACUGAAACCUACUACACAGAGGAUGGAAAGAGAGUGACGACAUCACCAAAAGAGGAACACUGCUUCUACCACGGACAUGUACGAGGGGAGCCCGACUCCUCGGUCAGCGUGGGGAUCUGUUCGGGCAUCAGCGGCGUCCUGAGAGUCCAGCAGCAGGUUUACCUGAUAGAGCCUCUGGGACAGACUGUGGACGACGAGCACGCCGUCUACAGACGGGAGCACCUGAAGAUGCCAGAACCGUUUGGCAGGGCCUCCUCUACUAACACCACUCUGCUGUUUGACCAGGACCAGAACCAGGAGCCGGGCCCUCAGUCAGAAAGCCUCUUCCAGCCUAGAUCUUGGAAAACAAAGCCGCCAGCAGGUCCCCAGAAGUUUGUCGAGCUGUUCGUGGUGGUGGACAACGCUGAGUACCAGCGGUACGGAAAGGACACCAGGUCGCGUAUUCUUGGCGUUGUGAAUCACAUCGAUAAGCUCUACCGCUCUGUGAACAUCCGCGUCAUGCUGGUGGGCCUGGAGAUCUGGACCGACAGAGAUUACAUCGACCUGGACGGAAACUCGGACGGGACUCUGGACAGGUUCCUGGUGUGGCGCCAGCAGCUCUUGCAGAGAGCAAAGCACGACAACGCCCAGCUUGUGACUGGCAAAGACUUCGAUAAAGACACAGUGGGACUGGCUAAUAAGUUUGCCAUGUGCACUGUGAACUCAGGGGGAGUCAACCAGGAUCACCACGACAACCCUCUCGGCCUUGCCUCCACCAUCGCUCAUGAGAUGGGGCAUAACUUUGGCCUAUCCCAUGAUGCUGCAGGGUGUGUGUGUGGGCCAGCUUACAGCAGCAGCUGUGUGAUGACCGAAAAGCUGGAUACGGGAGGCCAGGCCUACCCGGACUUUUUCAGCGACUGCAGCAUCCGGCAGCUCGCUCAGUUCAUGGAGCGGGCUCUGCCCAGCUGCCUGCACUCACCGGGCCGCAUAAGCACCAUCACGAUGGGUCCUCGCUGCGGCAACGCCCUGCUGGACCCCGGAGAGGAGUGUGACUGCGGCACAGCCCAGGAAUGCAACAACCCUUGUUGCGAUGCCUCAACGUGUCGCCUAACUGAAGGAUCUCGAUGUGCUCACGGAGAAUGCUGCGAAAGCUGCCAGCUGAAAGCCUCUGGCAGCAUAUGCAGGAGUUCUGCUGGUGACUGCGACCUGCCCGAAUACUGCAGCGGAGCGGAGCCGGAUUGUCCCGAAGACAGCUUUGAGAUGAACGGCAAGCCCUGUUACAACCAGAGGCCGGGCUACUGCUACAACGGCCGCUGUCCCACAGCAGCGCACCAGUGCUGGAGGCUGUUUGGGGAAGGAGCCAAAGAAGCCCCUGAUGUGUGUUUUAACCUGAACAGACAGGGCAAGGAAGGUGCCAACUGUGGGAGGAACGGACUCGGCUUCAUUCCCUGUUCCUCUGAGGACCUGAAGUGCGGGACUAUGUUUUGUGUCGAUGGGCAGGAGCCAAUCACAGGUAAACACUCAGCUUUCAACGUGUUCGGCCUCGCGUGUAGGCUCGUCGUAGAGGUCGAUAAAAGCAGGAGUUUGGACAUGGUGCCCAAUGGAACCACGUGCGGACACAAUAAGGUUUGUCUCAGCAGCAGAUGUGUGGACGUUUCCGUCUUUGGCAAAAGGGAAGAGUGUGCAGAGAAAUGCAACAACAACGGGGUCUGCAACCACAAGAAAGAAUGCCACUGUAAUCCUGAGUGGGCUCCACCGCACUGUGACAUCAAAUAUGCAGACAUGCCUCAAGGUCAGACUGUGAUGGUCGCCGCAGUAUGUGCAGCUGUCUCCACCCUGCUGGUGAUUGCGCUGGUGAUCGCCGGGCUGACGUGCUGCAGGAAGGGCAGCGCGAGGGACCGCUACACGUAUAACCGGAAAACACAAUCAUGUGCUGCCCAGUUGAAGCCGAUGUCCCCGGAAAACGGCCUCAAAGACAGACCUCAGAUCAGCCAACCCACUCUGAUGGCGUCCACCUCGACUCAGGCCUGCAGUCCUCUGGUUGUUUCUGCCACUCCCAGGAGACCUCCUCCACAGGCCAAACCUGCACCUCCAUCCAAACCUCUAUCUCCUCUGAUCAAUCCAAAGAUUCAUGGAACCAAACCGUCCCCUCCUCCAGUACCUCCGGUCAAACCCUCCCCUCCUCCGGUUGCCAGAUUCAAGCCUCCUCCUCCUCCCCAGCCUCCAGCGAAGCCUCGACUCACCAGACCUGUAUGACGUACUGAUUUAUCUCAGAGGGUUGAAAAUAACAACAGAGCUGCUGCUGUGCAGCAGUGACUUUUAAAAAAAAAUAUUUUAUGGAUGUGUGUUUGUAAAAACAAAAAUCCUCUGUCCUGCAUUUUUUUUAUAUUGAAUGCUGAACUGCAAUUUGAUUUUGCUGUAUUUAUUUCAGUGUGCCAACAUUAUUUCUUUUUCCUUGAGGCUGCGUCUUUAGAAAAGCGGACAGCCUUCCCCUCCUAUUGAUCACUUUCUAUGUUUUAGCGGCUGCUUAGACGCUGCUGGCCGUUCAGCAAUGGAUGCUGGGAUGCUAACUUGAAUUACCUAUAACUAUAACUUACUAUCCUGCCAUUUUAUGAUUAAAUGAGUCUGAAUAUCUGGGAGACAUGGGCCAGAUGCACGCCUCCUUUGGCGCCUGAUAAAACUCCGCAGAAAGGAUCCAGACCUCCUCCUCUCCUCUGUUUCCCAGAACUGGGUCAUGGGGUAAGAGGUAGAGGAGGGAAACCAGCUUCAGUGAGUUCUGGGUCAGCUCUGGUUUCUCCUCCCUGCGGGACGUCCCCAGUUAACCUCCAAAGCGAGUUGUCCCGAUCAGAUGCCUGAAACACCUCCACUAACUCCUUUUAGUCUCACUCCAGCCUCCUCCCCCGUCAGAAGGAGCUCCUGAACCAUCGUUUUGUGUAUUGCUUGUACUUGAAAAGUUGUGGCGUUUUAUAACAUGGGAGGUUUUGUAAAGUUCAGAUGAUCUGGGUUUAAUCCAGAUCCCUUUUAUCUGUGACUUUUAGCAAUGGUAUUUUUUUUAUACUUUGGGAUAUAUAAAAUUAUAACUAUUAUCAUAACACAAAAUAUUUCAUUUAGCUUCACACUGUGUUUAGAAAUGACCGACUGAAUGUAAAAACCUUUUUGUUGGCAACAAAUAAAGCGCCCUUUACUCCACCUGUGUGGUGAUUGGCAUAAUGGGCAGUU